AUCAUGCAAGUCUCUUACCUUUGAUUCAAUUUAACUUGAAAGUGUGCUGCAGUUUUAUUGUAUAACUUUUUAUUACAUCUUAACAUUGUUUUACUUUCAAUUGGAGGAAUUAGCUGAACAUUUAAACAAUUAUUCAAGUGAUUAUCACAACAAUUUGCGUCUUAUUUAUUAAUCUAUUGCUAUUCAGUGUGUGAUCUUUCUAAUCCUUCAACUCUUAAACACACUCCAAUAACUAUCAACAUUUAAUGCAAUUAAGUGUCGUUAACCACCAACUCUAAUUGUUUAACAAGGCUUAUCAAAUUUAAAUGAAGUGAAUCAGAAGAAGAAGAAGAAGAAAAUCAUAAAUCAAAUUGGAUUGUGGAGUUAAUCAAAGACCUAAUAUCCAAAGUCCAACAUUUCCAAUUUAAAGAUGAUUUACACCAAAAAUUGAUGGUUCAAUGGUACACUUGAUGACGAAGCUGGUUAAGAUGGACCAAGGAAAUCAAUAAGAAAACAUAAGAAACAAUUUAAAUGACUAAUCAUUUGGAAGGAUUGAUUGAAAGUAAUGAUAAUAUUUAACCUAACCGAAGAGAACGGUUUAAAUAGCCUGAAUGAUUUUUACGGAAUCGAUGAUAGUUUCAAUUCAAAUGAUUAUUUUGUCAGCAAUUUAACCGAGGCAAUUGCCUGUGAAAAUAGUUCAAAGCCAAUUGACACUAAUUCAAACUAUUGCCAGGCUACUUGGGAUAGGAUAUCUUGCUGGCCAACGACUCCUAUCAAUCAGUUAGCAAUUAUUCCUUGUUUUAAGGAGUUAAAUGGUAUUCCUUAUGAUUCCUCUCAAAAUGCAUCUAAAUUGUGUUUAUCCAAUGGAACCUGGGCUGAGAAGUCGGACUAUUCAUUGUGUGAACCCAUCACACCAGAAGAGCUGAUUCCUACAAGUUAUUCAGACAUCUGGAAUGCAAAAGAUGCUUCAACAAUAUACUAUUUUGGCUACGGACUUUCACUUCUAGCAUUAACCACAGCAUUGUUUAUAUUUUUAUAUUUCAAAGACUUGCGAUGUGUUCGUAAUACUAUUCAUACCCAUUUAAUUGUAACUUAUGAGCUUUUUGCCUUAACAUGGAUCAUCACAGCGACUCUUCAAUCAUAUCAGCCAACAAACGAGAUUGCCGCUCGAAUCCUAUGUUUCCUGUAUAUUUUGUUACCAUAUUUCACUGGAACCCAGUUUUUUUGGAUGUUCAUUGAAGGCUUAUACCUUUAUAUUUUGGUUGUUAAAACAUUUUCAUCAGUUGAAUCCAUUAAAAUACACUUUUAUGCCACAAUAGGCUGGGCUGGUUCCACUUUUUUACCAGGCUUACCAGCUCUUGUCGUCCUUUUCUGGGCUCCUUCCAAAUACUUUUCAGCCAAAUCAGCGGACAAUUUGAAUGACUCUGGAUCCAAUUGUCCAUGGCAGGCUGAAGAUUCAAUCGAUAGCAUAUUCAUAUGUCCGAUCUUGUUUGUCCUUAUGUUAAAUAUCUUUUUUCUUUGUAAAAUUAUGUGGGUUUUAAUAACAAAAUUGAGAGCAGCAACAUCAGCUGAGUCGCGUCAAUAUCGCAAAGCAGCUAAAGCAUUAUUAGUAUUAACACCUUUAUUGGGUGUCACUUAUAUCCUUUUCCUGGUAACUCCUGGUUCUGGUCCGGCUAAGACUGUUUUCACUUAUCUUCAAGCAACUUUAUACUCAACCCAAGGAUUUACCGUUUCUGUCUUUUACUGUUUCCUCAACGGAGAGGUUCGUAAUUCGGUUCGUCAUCAUCUUGCAAGGUGGAAGACGAUUCGGAGUCUCCCCAAGAGCCAUGAUUCAAUAAAUGGACGUAAAUCGAUUGGCUUUUGUUCAUCAAUCAACUCGGAAAGAGGUUCAUUCUUCAAGUUACCCGAUCGUAAAGAUUCAAGUCCAAGCAAUAGUUUACUUGCCUCAUCCGGCAUAAUGACAGUACUUAGUCAACCAGUCAAGUCUGAAAAAUUGGACCACAUAAUAAUCAACCCAAAAUCAUCAUUAGCCUCUUCAUCACCUCCAUCCAGUCCACCACCAACACAACCACAGGCACCUUCAAUCAUUGAAAAGCAAGAGAAGUCCCUUUCAAUUGAAGACGACCAUUGCAACAAUAGUGUAACAAGUAAAUUAAUCAACUCCAAUGGUCACAAUGAUUACAAUUGUCAUUCCCAUCAGCAAAACACUAAUCUUAAAAACUAUUACAAUCACCAUCAUCACUAUUAUCGUAAUCUUCAUAAUCCAUCCCAUUUAAAUCACAUCAACAAUCACAAUUCCCAUAAUAACAGUCACUCCAUACUUUCUCAUUAUUGUUUUCAUACUCAAUCAUCCGAUUCAUCAAAUGAAGAUGCCAUUUAAAUAAAAUUGAACCAUUUUAGCUAAAAAAUAUAAAUUUGUUUUCAACAAAAUCAAACAAAAUAAGCCCAAAAUCAAGAGUCACAAUCAAAUUGAACCUGUUGAUGUUUUCAAAUAACCAAUGUUGAUACAAACCUGAAUUUGAUGAAAACAAAAAUAUCUUGACAAGUCCAUUUGGAAAUAAGAUGAAACUGUAAACAAUCAAACCCAAGGAUUUAUUUUUAAUGAUUGUUGAUUAAAACAUUUACGAUCUCAUUACCAAAUGUAUCGACUUGUCGAGAUGUUUUUCAUCAAACUCAUCCUCUCGACUGUAUAUUUACCGAAAAUCUGUACUUCAAAUCAUGAUGUUUGAUGGUAAACAAAUCAAAUUGAGUCAAUCUAUUUGAAUGUCUAUAAAUUGUUUUAUUAAUAAAAACAAUAAUUGUGAUAA